CCACCUCCAGCCCGGCGCCAUGCACGGCCCCGAACCUGGACCUCCUCUCCGGAAAGAGAGAGGAAACAAACACGAGAGAGAGAGAGAAACGAAUUAAAAAUAAUAAGUGUUCAGGAUGAAGCUGAAGUUCUGCAGCUGGAGUUCCUCUUCCUCUCAGCGGGAUGCAGAUGUUUGACCCCACUUUUAAAGUUAUAAGUGCAUGAAAAUGAGCGCUUUAAUGGAUUGUACUGCCUGAACUGAAACUUGGAUUUAUUGAAAAAAGAAAUCGGAGCAGAAGAGGGGAAAGCACGGACUUCAGAUGUGUCCCCCGACAGCCAGAGAGGCGAUUCAGUCCGAAGAUGGAUCCCAGAAGUCAGAACGACAGAGAUGGCGGAGGGGGGCAGCACGGGGGGUCGAUGACUGGGUUGUCAAGUAUACUGCAUGACGAUGGGAGACCACAACAACUCACGCAACAAACCACCAAUGGCUCGGUAGACUCUGGCUUGAACAGCGGGCGACGGUCACAGACUCCACCGCUACUGUCUCUGGAUCAGAUCAAGUUAACCGGCAGCAGUAAUGACUAUACAGAUGGGCCUACAGGUGCUCAACAGAAGCCUAAUUUGGUUAGGACCAGUGGGCAGCAAGAGACUCUGGAAGAAAGGCGCCAAAACCUCCACAACCUGCAUUCUUUGUCUCAGCACGAAAACACCAGCAACUCCUUGUCCUCAAGAGAAGACAUGCUGCAGUCCUCCAGCGUGGAGGGCUCCCAGAGCAGCAUCCGGACCAGCAAGGGUAGCAUCAAUUCAGGCCUGAGGCUCCUUGGCACCCAGGCAAAUGGCGACCAGAUCGUCAGAACCCAGCCGAAACGCUCGGAGCUGAACUCCGAGGAGCUGAAACCUCUGAGCGAUGAGAUCAGGGAGGUGGAGGUCACGCCUGGAAGCAUGCCCAUCGUCAACAGAGACAAGCAUGCCGACAAGUGCUCGGAAUGCGAACGGUGCAGGUGCUCGGAAUGCGGCCGCCCACGAACGCUUCCGUCCUGCUGGCUGUGUGGCCGGCGGUGCGUUUGCUCCGCACAGAGCGCCGUGGAGUACUGGACAUGCGCCUGCUGCGUCAAGGGCCUCUUCUACCACUGCUCCAGCGACGACGAGGACAUGUGCGCCGACCAGCCCUUCUCAUGCUCACAGUCGCACUGCUGUGUCCGCUGGACAACCAUAUCGCUCCUCUCCUUGUUCCUUCCCUGUCUGCUGUGCUACCUCCCGGCCAAAGGGUGUGUGGCAUUGUGCCAGUGCUGCUACGACCGUGCCACGAGGCCCGGCUGCCGGUGCAAAAACUCAACCGCACCUCACCAAAAAGACGGCAAGCCAACGUGAACCGUUCUGGAAACACAGAACGAUGAAAACAAAGUCUGAACUGAAAAGUGUAUGGUUGUGUGAUUAGAGCCUCAGCGUCUACCAGAUCUGUCAGAAAAGUCAACUUUCACAGAAGAUUUUCAAAACUGUCACCAGUAAACAGAAGUUUCACUUGAAUAAUAAACCAAAACAAGCACUCCACGCUUGUAAAGUAUGACAACGUAUUUGCUCUUAAAAWAAUAAGUCUUCACUCAAGUGCCCUAAUAUGUUAAUAAUAGUCGUUUAAGAUGCGAUUAAUAUUCUGAAAGCAGACUCCUGUUACUAACUGUAAUAAGUAUAAUUUAUAUAUUAGAAAAAAUAAGUUUUCCAGAUGUUUUAUUUUUGUAUAUAUAUAUACUGUAUACAUGUAAAAAAAAAUCAACUGUGAAAGGUUUUCUGCCUGUUAACAUGCAUGUUUCUAUUAUGUCAGCUUUUAUUCAAACGUUCACUGGAAUGUGCCUCAAUCUGGGUUUUUUUAAAUGCACCAAGAAAAAAAGCGUAGCCAUUUGYUUUGUAAAAUGUACAGUCCAUAAUUUGAAAAAUGUAUUUUCUAAUUCCAACACUUCCUAGUGUAAACUUAAAACUAUAUAUUUAUUUGGAGAUUUUUAUUAUUUUARAAUGGAAAAAAUAUUUAUUUUAAAAGGAAAGUGAUUAAAGUGUCCUGAGAUUUGGGAGUGUUGGGAUGAAAUAGUUUAUGAUGGAUUAGAAAGAUGAAUAUAUUAACGUUUGAAAAUAAAAAGAUUUUAAGUCUUAAA